AGUUUAACGUGCAGACUGUAGAUCCUACCAGAUGGUGCCCAGGGCUUAGCGGGGGUGGGAAAUCUGUCCUCAGAGGCGCGCUAAUGGGGCAUUGAUUGACAGCACAUAUGGGAUAUGGUUCACACCAUGCUUCCCAAAGCACUUCUAGGACGUGGAAAAAACAACUUCUAACUACUAAUAAUUCUAUGUUUUUAAUCCAUCUACAAGUAUUUUGACGCAUUUUGACAUUUUCAAAAAGAGCCAUUACCAGGCUUUGCAUUUCAAGAUACUGCGUUAUGUAAAGAUUAACAGUUUUCUUAGGGGGUGAAAGGCUAAAGUAGGUCAAAGGUUAAGAUCUCCAUCCUAGGGUGUUUCUUGGCAUUUCAUCGUUACUUUGCGUCUGUACCAUGUCAACAAGACCAAAAUCGUCGCGUGCAAAGCGUUCUACAAGAGAUAGUGACAACUUCGAGUACGGCCAUUCUUGGAGUCUUCCAAACACACGUGUUAGGAGGCAAACACCUCAGGAAGACAGCGAUGAAUGGCCUAUUACUGAUGUAAUCAGAAAAGUGGAUGAGCACCACGUGGAGGUUAAGUGGGCUCCCUCCAAAACCAAACGGUGGCCCAACAGUAUUGUUGAUUUGCGGUAUAACGAGCCACUGAGGCAGAGGCUGGAGAGGAACGGGAGCAAUCCUCACAUAAAAGCUCUUCAGGAGGACCAGAUUUUGCUGCCACUCCCAAGAGAGCUGAGGAUCCUUCAACAGCAGAUACAUGAUAACCUGGGCUACCGUUACACCCCAUCAAGAGAGGGCCAUACCAGGAGAGUGACCAUUGUGAUACCGUUCUCUAAACAGCAUUUCAGAACUCAUUUCCUUCAAGGGCUGUCCCUGUCGAUUUGCCAGGAGCUCUUGGAGGAAAAGCCUCUUGAGAACUGUUUUAGAGAACGGGCUCUCAAGAUCACCCACGAAUACAUCCACGAACUGGACAGUCUGCUUGGUGAGGGGUGGGACAUCCGCACAUUUCCAACAAACACUGUGUGUCGGGUGAUCAGAGAUGACACUAUCACAGUCGGAUGGGGAUAUCACAAGAGGGAAGUUUUCUCCCAUCGCAACUGUCCAAGGUGCAACUGGUCAGAUCAAGUGGGCUCUGCAAGGCCCUCAACAUGCACACCAGAACUGCGCUACCUUGUUGGGGAGCCUGAGCUCCACUUCAGCUUUGCAAGAAGGAGAGGACAUUGGUGCAAAGGCAUGGUAUAAACCAGCAAGGUCGUCCUGGUCGCCGUCAUAGACGAUGCGAUCGUCCUCAUCACCACCAUCUGGCUCAGGAGCGAUGCGACCGUCCUCAUCACCACCAUCUGGCUCAGGA